AUGGUGGCAGCAGACCACCACACAUCACCCGAAGGCAGAAGCCAACUGCAUCGGCUCUUCCAGGCCCCUCGUUCAGACCAGGGAUCGGCACGGAAGUCCCACAAGAAUCUACAAGUUAUCAUCUGUGUCCUGCUUGUGGAGCUGUGUGAAAGAUUCACUUUCUUUGGGAUUGUGUGUAACAUGAUCCUCUUCUGCACUGUGAAGUUGGGCUAUGACAACUACUUGGCUGCAACCAUCAACCUGUGCUUCAUAGGAGCCAGUACCCUCACACCCGUGUUUGUAGGGUGGUUUGCAGAAACCUGUUUAGGAAGGACCAAGGUGCUUUAUGUGUGUGCUUUCCUUCAUUUCUUUGGCACAGCCAUGAUGCCUGUGGUGGCAUUCCCCUUUGAAGAUUUCUAUAUUGACACUCAUCACAUGAACCACCAGCUGGAAGCACGGGAGCAGCAGAUCCUGUUCUACACCGGCCUCCUGGCUGUUGCAUUGGGAAUUGGAGGCAUCCGGGCCAUCCUCUGUCCGAUCGGUGCUUACAGCCUGCAGGGUUACAAUCAGCACCAACUCCUGUCCUUCUUCAACUGGUUCUACUGGUUGGUCAACCUGAAUUCCGUUGUGGUGUUUGUGGGUAUAGCUUAUGUCCAGCAGUCUGUAGCCAAAAAUCUAGGUUUCCUUAUCCCCUUUACCUCAGUGCUGCUGGCUCUCAUUGUCAUUCACAUGGCCCGCAGCAAACUCACCUACGAACCCGAGAAAGGUGAGUUCUUACUGACAGCACUGGGAGUCUUCCUGAAUUCUCUUAAGAUGUGCUGGCUUCACCACCGGACCUUGAGUGGAGAAGUGGGGUCUUGGCUAGACCAGGCCAAAGAGAACAACGGUGGUCGUUACAGUGAGACGCGUGUAGAGAAUGUUAAAGUCCUAGCCAAGCUCUUUCCUCUGUACGGGCUCCAGCUGCUCUACAGAGCCUGCAUUGCUCAGAUUCCCUCGGGUUACUACAUACAGACCAUGAACUCGAACCUCAACCUGAAUGAUUUCCUGUUGCCCAUCGGUGCUAUGAAUGUGAUCAACAUCCUCCCUCUGUUGCUCUUAGCACCACUGGUUGAAUUUGUGAAUACUUUCUGCAUCUCUGUGGAAAAAACUUCCCAGGCUUCUGCAAGAAUCAUUACACUCGGACACCUGUGUGCUGCUCUGUCUGUGCUGCUGGCAGGCCUGACUGAGCUCCAGAGGAAGACGUACCCUCUAGUGGAUCAGACUCUGUCUGGAAAGGUUCUACGAGUGUCAUCCAUGCCUUGCUUUCAACUGGCUCCUCAGUAUAUCCUGCUUGGUCUUGCUGAGGCGCUUGUCACCCCUGCAUGUUCUCUGAUAGCUGUCCAGCGAAGCCCGAGCCACAUCAGGGGGCUCUCCUUGCACUUCCUCACCUUGUCCUAUGGAGGGGGGUGCUUCCUAGGAGCUGUCAUCAUUCAGCUGCUGUAUUUGCUCUCUGAAGGUAACGUCUACCCAGGUGUGUUGCAUGAUGGAAAUUUGGAGAGAUUCUUCUUCAUCCUGGCCACACUGAUGGCGGUGAAUACAUUUGUCUUUUGGAGAAUAUCUUAUAGGUAUAUUGACCCAGGUGUGCAGGGUCAUGCACUGACCAUCAGUUCUCUCUCUGAAAAGCCGCUGCGAUAUAAGACCUGUCUACAUUUCUACGACACUGUGGAUCACUCCUACACACACACAUCCUUUGAGUCUAUUUUGUGACUGAUAACAUAUUUUUGGUGGACAAACACAAUAGCAAUGAUGUGAUAUGGUUUGGCUGUAUGAAUGAAAUUCAAAAAUUACACAGAUUGCAUGUGUUUAUUUUUGUGUUUUCCUG